AUGCCGUCUUGGUUGGAAAAAGAAAAGAAAUGCAUAGGCACGCACACACUGGUGAAAAGUGUCCGGACGGAAGACGGGGGUAAUGGAAGGAUGUUUUGUCUCAGUCAAGACGAGUCGGGCCCGGCUGCAGCGUCUACCAAGGAAAGGGUGAUGCAGCAGUUGUCCAGCGCAAAGCUUGGCGUGCAUAGGACCAUGAGCGGUUUGGCGCAGGCGUGCAGGACAGAAUGCAGCGUGCAGUGGAACACUGGGAGCUGGACCAGUCGUUCCUCGUGCAUGCUUCGUCCCGCGGCAUCCAUGUCUCGAGGACUUGCUGCGGGCCCCGGAAAGACGGGCGGGACCUAUGGCGAGGCUUUGUGCCCAUGCGUGCAACGCAGACGGGCCGUAGUGGGCUUGGGCUUGUUUUGUCGGUCGAGGGUCAAGCGGCAGGCUGCCAUCGGGGGCCGAUGGAGGCAUCUAGUGUCGUGUGCUAAGUUUUCCGGCGAGGCGAAUCAGUGGGCCAGGCGUGGGCGAAGAACAAAAAACUGGAGAUGGGUCGGUCCAAACGUGCAUGCGUUGGCGGUGAAUGGCUAUGGGUCACCCCUUUGGCCUGUCGCCGACUCUGACUGUGUCUUUGGUCUUCUGGACAUCGUGAUCCUCGUGCUCGCCCUCCCUCUUCCUCGCUCCCCGUCUCGGUCUCGGACUCGUGGCUCGCCUCUUCGCCCCCCUUACCGGUUGUGUGGUCGUCGUGUUCCGGCCCACGGCAGCACGUCGCCAUUGCAUCGCCGUGCCGCAUUCUCGUCACAAACGCCGCACUUGGCCCUUGGUAUCCCGACCAAAUUUCCCAUCAGAAAAAGCCGGGGUGGUCGUCGUCUCCUUCUUGUGGCCCGCAGCGAUCUGCAGCAUAGCGUGCGGAGCAGCCAUAAGACGCCGCAGCCCUUUGCCAUCUCUCCUUCGCCUUACUACCUAGUAUAG